GUUAGUUAAUAUUCUAAAGACCAAAAAUCCAAGCCCUCAGUUUCAAUAUCAAAUAAUUUUCUGCUUUUGGCUAUUGACAUUUGAGAAAGAAGUCUCGGCCCAGUUUAACAAGAAAUAUGAUCUGGUUCCGACGUUGAUCGACAUUGCCAAAAGCGCAAUCAAAGAAAAGAUAAUUCGCGUCAUCAUUGGAACCUUCAAGAAUUUGGUGGAUAAGGCACCUGAAGCAAAUUUGCCUGCAAUGUUGGUCGCCAAACUUCUGAACUUUUGCAUAAACUUGUCAGCCCGCCAAUGGCAUGACGAAGAAAUUAAGGAAGAUAUUGCUUUUUUGACGGCACAACUUCAAGAAAACUUUCAUAGUUUGACAACCUUUGAUGAAUACGCAUCAGAGAUUCGAUCCGGAAUGCUGCAAUGGACACCCCCUCACGAAUCUGAACAAUUUUGGAGACAGAAUGUUACCAAAUUGAACGAGAAAGAUUAUGAAUUACUGAGAAUUCUGGCACGUCUGCUUGUUACAUCUAAUGAUGACAACACAGUUCUCGCAGUGGCCGCGCAUGAUUUAGGACAAUACGUAAAGUAUUAUCCAAACGGGAAAAAGUACAAUCCUUUCUACGUAUAUAUUCUUCUCAAUGAUCCAGGAAAUGUUGUGUUAACUGGAUCUAUCGGUUUUGAUCUUAGAUUCUUGCAGGAAAUUGGUGCUAAACAACGGAUAAUGGAAUUAAUGACACAUGAGGAUUCCGAAGUUCGAUAUCAGGCAUUGAUAGCGGUGCAAAAAUACAUGGCUCACGCUUGGUUG